CGAAGAGGGUCCUUGUUGGGUCCUUGGAAAAUUGGAACGAUGGGGCAGAUAAAGAACUUACUCUUGGUUUUUAUAGCCAUAAUUUUGACUGCGUUGCUCUUAAGAAGAUUUCUAGGAAUUUAUGCCAUUAUAGUUCCUCUUCUUUAUAUGUUUUUCGACGUAAACUGGAGUCUACGCGUGGCAUGGAUGAUUGUGAAGAAAGGCUUGCUCUACAGGAAAACAAUAAAUUCCAAUUUCCUUGAUGUAUCCGAUACAACUUUCAUCGUUCUUCCUUCCGAUAUGGACCUCAAUAUGCACAUGAAUAAUGCACGGUAAGGGCAAAAAUUCUAUAAAUUACAAUCUACUUUUAAGAAACUAAUUUAAACGGUGCGAUUCAAGUUGAAGCACCUUAUUAAUAAUGAAAAUGGCAUUGUAGCUCAAGAGCAUGAAAAAUCUGUUUGCCAACUCUGCUCUUAAUAUUAGUGAGUUUACACGACGGGACGGCAGAAGGAAGAGGACGGCAAAGCGCUUGUGCGUGACAAACGUGACAGGGAUAUUAACUGAGUGUUUUGUCGUGAUCUUCACUUAAAUUAAUGUUGUCUGGUCUUUAACAAAAAGAUCUUUUUAAAGCAAGUUGAAGUUUGGCGGAAAGUUUUUUCAAACGAAACUAUUGUCACGCUUGUCACACAAGGUUUGCCAUCAUCUUUCCUCUCCCAUCCUGUUGUGUAGGCUGACUAUUACUUUGGGGAGAAUUUGGCUAUUGAUCAGGGUUGUUUACUAGAAUAGUAGAGGAAAGUGCAAAACUUUUUUUUCCUUUUGGCCUAUGCAGAUGUUCUUUUGGCUCGUCACGCAACCCUCCCCAACGAACGUUUGUGGGUAAGGACAGCAUGACGAAGCCCUAAGAAAGUCUGUGGCCUCCCACCUGUCCUUUGUUUUCCCUGUUAUGCAACGCUCCUUAAGACAAAGAAUGGCUAUGUGGGAUACUACCAGCUGCACUAUUUAGUUAGGGGAGGGUACUAUAGGAAUUUUUUUUGUCGCAGGGACUCUGGAACCCCUGGCCUUUACCAGACCAAUUUUUCAACUGCAAUUUCUCUACUCUGUUUUUAGACACCAAAAGUCCAUUCCCUAACCCAGACAAACAUAUAUACCCACUGAUCAUAUUAUUAAUGCUCUUUUACUUGCACAGUUAACUUGUCAACAAGCAUCCACAAACUCACACAGGAAAUAAAAUUUUGUUUUAUUUUGAAAUACAUUGUAAAUCAAGUAUGUUCCAUAUUUUUUACUGGUGUAGAUAUUCCAUAAGUAACAGAGAGCUACCUAUAGAUUCCCUGUGAUCUUAGAGAUCAAGACUUUAGUCAAAUCUUUGACUGAUGUUGUAGGGUAGUUUUUAGCAAUUGUUUAAUUCAUGAGGUUGCUUCUAUUUUUAACUAUGAUCCCUUUUUCUCCAACAGAUACUUCCGGGAAUGUGACUUUGGGAGAAUUAACUUUUGGAUCGCAAGUGGAAUGAUGAAUGUGAUGAGAAAGAAUCACUGUAGUGUCACCAUAGCUGCAUCCUGUGUUCGUUAUCGCAGAUCAUUAGAACUUUUUCAGAAAGUUGUCCUAAAAACCAGGGUGUUAGCGUGGGAUGAAACGUCUUUCUAUCUUGAGCAGAGAUUUGCUGGUAAAGAUAACUUUGUUUACGCCAUUGUGUUGACAAAAAACAAAGUGAUUCAAGCGAGCAAAAAGGAACGAGUUGUUUCACCAGCUGAAUUGGUACAAUCACUGAGUGGAUGGAACAUGCCAAGCCCUUCAAUACCUCAUGACUUGCACUUUUGGUUACAAUAUAACUCUGCUUCAAGUGCAAAGUUGAAAAAUGCAUUGUAA